AGACCAGUUGAGACUUGGGCCGCUUGGCUGGACAGAAGAUUGGACUCUUCGAAAGGAUGAAAUACUUAAUCCGAAAUAAACAAAGAGUGAUCUUAGGCGCAAACGCUUAGCGUUACCCAUUACCAAAAAACAUAGCAAGAAAGUAGCCCUGGGGAAAGUGGUUGUUGUUGGCGGAAGCUCAGCGUUUAUCCGCUAUUAUAAAAGGUAGACUUAGCAGAGUCAAAAAAUUAAAAACUUUCGAGUUGUCAUAAAAUGGAAUCUCCAUCUGAACUGACCGAGGACAACGAUAUUGUUCCUCUUGAACCACGAAGAUCUGCAAGGACCAAGUCGACCGACUCUCAAGGCCCAAAAUGGUGUCCAAGGUGCAGCAGGAAAAUGAGAAAAAGCGAUGCUGGGCAACAAGUGUGUGGAAGGUGUUUGGAUUCGUCCAGUGAUGGGUUUAAGAACCAAUCAGUUAGAAACACAAGAAGCAAUUUAAUAAAGCCACUAAUGAGUGGUAUUCCUUCCACGCGUCCAAUAUUGCCAAAAGGCAGAGGCAGACGGACACUUCUAAAACGACCACCUCAAAGGCUCGGAAACUUGAUUCGAGAAAGCAGCACAAAGCCAUUCGUUUUCGUCAAAGGACAGUACAUCCAAAUUGGCGAUGUCGUCAGCUUGGUAGAUGAAAACGAUGACAUGUACUUUGCUCAAAUAACUGGACUGAUGCAAGAUCAUAACUAUGAAAAAAGUGCUACUGUAGCGUGGUUGAUUCCAACACAAGAAACAGGCGAUGCCGACUUCGACCCUACUCAAUACACUUUAGGCAUCAAAGAGACUGUGCCACGGAAGCUGGAAUGCAUGCAGCUUGUGAUGCACUUGUCUCCCGAGUAUUUCAAGCCGCUCAACGCUCCUUACAGAACCCCUCGCUGUCCGACUGAUACUGGUUUCAUCUGGACCAGAGUUGGUGGGAAUUGUGACGACUCAACAGUCAAGAGUUAGUUGCAAAAUAAAUUACAGUCAGAUGAAUAAAUAGCGACGGAAAGAGAGGAAAGUUGAGAGAUACGGGUGCAGGAUUGAGUACUUCUUAUCGCUCUUCUAAGAUCACAGUUUCUUGAGGGCACAACCUCGCCUGCUGUAAGGUUUGGCUGCUCUCUAAUAAUGUCAGCUGAAAAAUAAAAUUACACAUCUAUAGAUUUGUAA